CAAUGAUUACCUGGCCUUUUUUUCCCUCCCCAAUAAGAAGACCUUCAUCCGUCCUUCUCUCGUCGACUUCCAUAGUUACCGCCUCUCAAUCUCCUGGACUCAUCUCCGUAGACAUACACCGUCAGUCUCCCACCCAUAUCAACACAGCAACACUACACAGUAGUAAUUACGCACUCUGCAACUCUUCAGGCAGCUCAAUCGUUAUCAGCAAACAACCGCAGUAAAGCAACAAUCGACCACAAUACCAACCUUCACAGCACUCAAGACCCCUCAAUCCGACAUACUCAGCUCACUUUCUUCUCUCUUUCCAUCAUGACCCGAAGCAACAAAGCCAACGAUCGCAACCACAGUGGUCUCGCUGACGGCACUGCCGUCCCUGAAGAUCGUCUUCCUCGCUACUUCGCCAAACACGGUCACGUCGAUGCCGACCCAAAGAGUAUCAAGAAACAAGGAGGUGGUAAGGGCAACUGGGGACGCGAGGGUGACGAAGUUCAGGACUAUGGCUACAACCUCGCCAAUCAGCGUCGCCGCUCCAACAGUAGCACUCAGGGACUAGGUGACUUCAAGACGAAGUUUGAAGGCCUCGACACCGACCCAGUCUUCGAAGAGGAGCUGCAUGGUCCCACCGACGAUGAUAUCGAGAAGGCCUCCACCCUUUCCAAGGAGGAAAGCAUCGACUCCAGCACCUUGGGAGGAAGUGUCGAUGAGGACCACAAGAUGUAAUACUACAACACAAAUCCGUUUCGAGAUAAUUGGACCACCAAUUGAACUCUUAUAUGGCGCUAGGGAUGGUGCUCUCCAACAUAUACUGUGACAAACAGUAUCUUGCUGCAAACAAUCAAUGAGGAUCAUGGAGUACAAUGAUUCAACCAAGCAUGUAUUAGCAUAGCAAGAUGCAAUCAAUCCACGAAUUGUAACACC